CGAUAUGGAUAUAAAAAUAUUACAAAUGUAUUUAUCUCUUAUUGUUACUAAUCAGAAAUCUCGCUACUUUUCUCGAACUCUCGUUCCGACAUUUUACUACGGUGACCUUGUUAAGUCCAAGUCUAGGCUCACGCAAUGUAAGUUAUAUAUUCAAGGUUUGACUUUGCGUAUGAAAGGUUAUUCUACAAAGUUUUAACCUCAUCAUAUAUUUAAUUAAAACAUGUCGAGUGCUUUUAUUUUUUGUUCAAUUUGGUUAGCAUUGUCUAAUUUUCGUUUUCAGCAUAUUAUACCGGCCGGUAUACUUAGCCUAGCACAUCAGCAGGCAUCAGCCUAUGGCCUAUCAAUGAUAAAAAUUGUGUUCGCCAUGCUCUCCAACAUGAAAAUUCAGUUCAUUAGUAGGCCUAUUAAUUCACUUAACUUAAAUAAUCAUAGCCAUUCUUACUUAAGAGGUUAAAGUUUUGAUUUUAUCUCGUUCAAUUACUUGCCUUAUUGCCAUACGAGGGCAUAGUCAAAGUAAAAGCUUACUUCGAUUCUAACCAAUUUCAAACUGUAGGCAGGCAGGUAUUGAGGGUGUGUGGCCCACUUAAAUAUGGAUAUAAUAAUAUUGUAUGACCCCCGUCUUCAAUUGUGUGGUAGUUAAGUAAUAAGUAUUUUACUAUUUAAUUAUACAUCAGAUUUCAUGAUAUAUUUAAUGUAUCAGAAAAAUUGUGCUUGCUUAGACUUACAGAUAUUUGAUUUUGAGCAGGUAGGCCUAUUUCUUCUUGCUACCAUUGUAAUUGUACCAGAGGAAAAAAAUGGUCAAAUAAAGGUCAUUGGUGUUUGGAGAGAUUGAUAUAGUAUUUUGGCCUGGGGGGUUGGUUAAACAUUUUCCUUAAAAUCAGUUUGAACAGCCAACAAUUUGCAAGUAAAUUUGUAUUUUUUCAACUGAUAUAUUUUUGGGGGGCAAGGUCAUUUUCUAGCUAAUUUAUUAAAUUUAUUUUUUAUUGAGAUUGUGUGAUGAGUCUUUAGGCUUUGUGACUUAUGAUUGUAGGUACUUUGACAUAAAUUUUAAAGGGAUAGCUAUGAGCUUUGCAAAAAAGACCUAUUUCAUCUUUCUAGCUUUUACAGAAAGGAAGUUUUUUUUUUUUGUGAAUUUUAUAUACCCCCUUAUUUAUCUUUGUAUUUUUAAUUUAUCUGUGAAAACUUGUGACAGACUAUCCAAAUUUCUGCCUUAUUUUGCCCACAACUUUUUAUUUUAAAGAUAAUGCUACCGAAUUUUCAGGAGACAUUCUCAAUGCAAUAUACAACACAAUGAACAACAAAACAUUUUCAUAACAUCAGGACUGUUUAUUUUUGAUAAUUGUGAGGGUAGUUUUUAAAAAAUCCUGAAAAGAAAAAUUUGAAAAAAUUAUUACCAACACUAUACUUAUAGAGGAGAAAAAAAACAGAAAUUUAAUUAAUAUACAAUGAAAAUGUAUGCUUUAGUAGGGAUAACAAUACUUGUUCACGCACCGUUCUGCGCAUGUCCUAAAAUGUCGAAAAAAUGUGUUCUACAAUAUGGCGUACGGCUACACGGUAUCUUUGGAAAAUUGCAUACUACGUAACCUUUGUUUAUUAAAUAAUGCUUUCCUCAUCAGUGACGUAUCAGUUUUUGUGUUCCGGUGAUAUAUUGAUUUAUUCCACUAGAUUUUUUGUGUAUCCCGGACAGUAUUAUUAUAAUGACUCGGUUAGUAUAUAAAUCGCAUAAACACUUUUUUACUAGUUAAGCAACCAAAAUAAUUUUUAGUGAUACCCAAUCUACAUUCAUUUUAAGAGUUUUUUCAUUGUUUGAGUUAUUAUCUUGACUUUGUCUAUAAAAAGUUAUGCAUCCCACGAAGGAGUGGGGGUACAAAAUUGUCAUUUUUUUAUUUUAUCACUGUGAUUCGUUAAUGUUAAAUACUUAAACAGCUAAGUAAUGAUAAGACGUUUAAAAUGAAUAAUUUUAAGAAAAGAUUAUAACCAAAGUUUAAUUAUGUAGUAACCAAGGGUUGGUUUUAAGUUUUAUUUAUUACAUUAAAAAUUGGGUACCGUACUGGUAGACAGUUUAUAGUUCUUCAUAAUUAUUGAAUCAAUAUUUAAAUUUACUAGUGUUACAAUAGUAAUGUCAAUAAUAAUAAUCGUUUUUCUCUUAAUAAUUAUUUCAGAGAAUAUUACUAAAAUUAGGCUGAUAUAUCAGUUAUAAUUAUAAACAACUGUUAUUAUAAUCCUAUAAUAGUCUAUUUAGGCCUAAGCUUAAUUUUUCAUAAUUCUAUUACUAGUACUACGACAAUCAACAACCACACUUACUAAUAAUAUAUUUUUUAGUUAAGCCUAUAUAUAACAGUUUUAUUAAAAUACAUCAAAUUAAUAAACAAGAAUCAAACAACAUCAUCGUUGUAAUUAUAUUUUUUAGGGGUGUGCCGGAUCCGUUUUUUCCAACCGGAUCCGGAUUUUCUUAUGCGAAAUCCUCCGGAUUCGGAUCCGGAUUCCGGAAUAAUCCGGAUUCCGGUUUCUCCCGGAUUCCGGAUUUGGUACUAUUGGUAGAUACUGCGGUAAGUCAAGGUGGACUACUACUUUUUGUGUAUGGGAAUUCGCAAUCGGCCUACACUAUUGGCCACUAUUAGCUGUGCUGACUCUAGCCUCUGUUAUGUACGGAAUAUUAAACAUAAAACAAGCUCAACGCUCGAAACAAUCGAUUAAUGUAUUGUGAUCGUGUGGAAUUCGGGAAAGAGAAUUACUUUUAUUUCAGAUUAUGAUCCGGUGAGUCACAAAAUCUGGCAAAUUCCGGAAUCCGGUUGUUCCGGAUACAUGUAAAUCCGGCAGAACCGGAUUUCACCGGAUAGUGCAAAAUCCGGCGGAACCGGAUUCCGGACCGGAAUCCGGCACACCCCUAAUAUUUUUAUUAGAACAUAGAAAAGCAGUACAAGGACAAUUAUUUAAUAUAUCAAAUAACAUUUUUUAAUAAAUUAGUCUCAUCAUCAUAGAUGAUUUUGAGUAAUUUUUAUUUAUAAUUACAUGCGUUCCAAUUUAUAUAUGAAAAAAGACUACUUACCUUUUUAUAAAUAUAAUAAUUGAUUUAAAAUGUAAAGCAAGGAUAAUAAAAUUAGUUAAAAUUCAAUAAACAUGUUAUUUUUUUGUUUUUUCCUGCAUAAAUGAUGAUUUUCCCAAUUUUUCUGUUCACUUUUUUCUGAACAUACCCACAAAUAAAUAUAUCAAAAAAUAAAAGUCUUGAUGUUAUGUAAAAGUUUUGUUGUUCAUUGGGUUGUAUAUUGCAUUGAGAAUGUCUCCUGAAAAUUUGGUAGCAUUAUCUUUUAAAAUCCAAAAGUUUUGGGCAAAAUAAGGCAGAAAUUUGGAAAGUGGGUCACACGUUUUUUCAGUUAAAUACUAAGAUAAAGAAGGGGGUUUUAAAAAAUCAUAACUCCACUUCUAUAAAAGAUAGAAAGAUGAAAUUGGUGUUGUUAUAAAGCUUAUAGCUAGCCCUUUAAAAAAUGAUGUAUCAUUCAUGACAAUCUGACAAUAUUUAAAUUGUGUGUCAAAGUACCUAGCUUUAGUUAAAUUAGAUAUCAAUGCUAAUAUAAUUUAUAAAAGGUAAGUAGACAUCUUUUUUUAAAAAUAUAAUUGAAAGCAUGAAUGAAAUAACUUUAAAUGAUAAUAAUUAAAUCCCCAAUAAGACUAAUAUUAAUAGACUAGGGCGGACCAGUAUGUGAUUAAUAGAUAAUCAGGGUGUGUCUGUCAUCUUCUGGGUAGACUGCUUUACAGACUUCUUUUUCUUGUUUAAAAUCCCAGAAUCUUUCCUUCAUAAACUUUGUCUUCACUAUCUUCAUCUAAGCAUCCCUCAUUGGCAAGGAAUUCUGAGAUCUGCAAUAGUAAAUUGAAAAUUUCCCCUGCACCAGAAAUAACCUCUAAUCUUAACUCUUUCUCUCCAUAAUUAAUUUAUGCGCUCUAUGUCACUGGUAACAAAAUAAUUUAUUGUAAGAAAACUGGCGUAAGACACAGAAGUCGUCCCCAAGGCGUAUGUAAAAUGCCCACAUCAGUUUUUUUAAGUCAUUUUUCAGUAUGCGCUGGUGUGCUGCUAUAUUUUUUGCAGUUUAUUUAUUUUGAGGCCUGCUCAUCUACUCUUGACUCUUACUCACUCCAGUAGACUACUCUUGCAUCAAGUAACUAAUCCAAGCAUUGUUUAUAAGUUAUUAAGAGUAGCCUAUGCCCUAAUUAUUUAUCUUAUUUGUUUCACCCUUUUGCAGUUUUGGGUGGAAUUAAUAAUUUGAGAAAGAAGACUCUCCUUAUAAGCCGUAUUAAAUUGUAAAUAGGAAUAAUUUUUAUUUUUUUUUGGGGGGGGGCGGAGGCAAAAACAUGUAGCCUAACUUUUAGCUUUACCAAAGGUAUUUGAAUAAAUCAUUUUUCAUGUAAUGACACAUACAUAAUAUUCUCAAAGCAUUUUUGCUAUGUUCAAUUUUCACAUGGGCAAAAAAGUUGACAAGCUGCAUGUAACUUUGCAGUGAUGUUUCACUUGCUCCUUAAAGCUUUCACAAAUUUCAUUUUGUCUAAUUAUGUAUUAAUUUCUAGGUAGAGACAUCUAGAUGGCUUUCUUCCUGUCAUGAAAUAUAGUUACUUUAUUGAGUGUAUUAGGUAGCUUUCAUUCAUAUAGGCCUAGAAAAUGACAUGUUCCAGAAUAAAAUAUUGCAUUAAAAUUUAAAAAUUGGUUCAAUUUAAACUCAUUGGUUGUUGCUGUAAAAAAUAAUAAAAAGGCACUAAUUAAACUCUCACAGUACCAGCUUCAUUCAUGCUAUGUUUGCGUGAUAUGAUCGUUCUAAACUGUGUACAUUGAUGUUCUGUCUCUAUCCUGGUUACUAGUUUCAUAGCUGGUACCCCAUGGAACAGAUUAGAUACAAUACAAUAACAGUAGGAUAAAUGACCUCUUCAAUUUAACAAGUGUUAUGUGUAUUGGAGAAUUAUUAAGGCCUAAAUAAUGAUUGCACAAGCUAGGCAGGCUCACAUCCUUAAGAAUUAUAAAGAGAUAUAUACCAUGUAGUUGUAGGGCUUAAUAUUAUGACUUUGUUUUGCCAGUUUUGGCUUGGCUUAGUUUAUUUUCACUUUUUGAUUGUGAUGUUCCUGGAAUAGUUUCAUAUCCUUUUCAAGAGAUGUCAUUUUUUUGACAUACUUCAUAGUCUUAAAAGAUGCACCGUUAAGUUUUGAUUUUUUUUAAAAACAUUUUAAAAUAUCACAGCGAAGAAAAAAAAUUUCACUUCAAAGUAAGACAAAGAUUUUAUGCACAAUAUCUAUUAUUUUGAAGACAAUAGCAGUUUAUUGAUUUGUCGAAUUAUUUUCAUCAUUGUUCAAUAUUUUUUUUUUAAUCCAGACCUACAUUAAAUAACUAAGGUUUUAAAAAAACUAACGAGAUUCCAAGUGUCAGUUCAGUGUGUAAAUAGGCACAUGGUUAAAAGCACGUCCCAAUCAUAGUAAAUCAUUCACUAUGCUGGACUGUCAGGUUAUUUGGUGGUUUUCAUUUUGUUUUCCCCUGAUUAAAAACUCUUUAAAAAAAUUGACUGCCGCUUUAUGCUGAUAGAUAAUAGUAGUCUGUUUGUUUUAAAAUAAAUAUUCUCCAGCACAUACUUAAAUGUAUGAGUAAACUGAAACAUGCUAGAUAUGGGAUAAACUGUCAUAAACUGUUAGCUAUUUGAAAAUGUAAUUUAAGCUCUCACACUUCCAGCUUUAUUUAUGCUAAAUGUUAGCUUGAUAUGAUCACUCUGUGUGUACCUUGAUGUUCUAACUCUCCUGGAUAUUAGUUCCAUAGCCUGUAUCCCCAGGUAUAGGUUUUAUGCCCUCCCUGAUGUAGAAACAUAAUGACUUUAUAACUUAAAGAUUUUGCAUAGAGUCAGUGUGAUUUUAUUACACUUAUGUGUCAUCUCAAGUACCAGAUUCAUUUAUGCUAUGUUGGCUUGAUAUGAUUGUUUUAAAAAGUGUACAUUAAUUUUCUGUCUCUAUCUUAGUUACUAAUUUUCUUUCUGGCAUCCCGCCUGCGGCCUGGAAAAGACGAUAUUGAGUAUUAUGAUUUCCAUUUCUUAUCAUUUGCAUAUUUUCCUACACAUAGUUCUGGUAUCAAGGUUCACUGCCAUCAAAGGACAUUUGGAGAGUUUGAUGCAAUGUCUGAAUAUUUUAUUUUAAGUCUUGUUUUAGUUUCCUUGUAAGUUUGUGAUGUUGCUUUAUGUUUUAAAGUUGAGCUUAUGUUAAGCUUUUUGGGUUUGAAAUUUUGUUUCUAUGGAUUUUAAGAGAAUUAUUCCUGCCCUCACAGUACCAGCUUCAUUCAUGCUAUGUUAGCUUGAUAUGAUCGUUCUAAACUGUGUACAUUGAAGUUCUGUCUCUAUCCUGGUUACUAGUUUUAUUUCUGGUAUCCCCUGGAAAAGACAUGAUACAGUAUUAUGAUAUCUUAUUACUGAUCAGGUAUAUUUUAAAUAUUACUGUUGUAUAAAGUUCACUCUAAGGUGUUUGUGGUUUUUAUCAUUUUAAAUUGAGCUUUUACAACACGAUGGUUGAGGUUUGAAAUUUUGUUUCUAUGGAUUUUAAGAGAAUUAGUCCUGCCCUCACAGUACCAGCUUCAUUCAUGCUAUAUGUUAGCUUGAUAUGAUCGUUCUAAACUGUGUACAUUGAAGUUCUGUCUCUAUCCUGGUUACUAGUUUUAUUUCUGGUACCCCCUGGAAAAGACAUGAUACAGUAUUAUGAUCUCUAUUACUGAUCAGCUAUAUUUUAAAUAUUACUGUUGUAUAAAGUUCACUUCAAGGUGUUUGUGAUUUUUAUCAUUUAAAAUUGAGCUUUUGCAAUACACUGGUUGAGGUUUGAAGUUUUGUUUCUAUGGAUUUUAAGAGAAUUGUUCCUGCCCUCACAGUACCAGCUUCAUUCAUGCUAUGUUAGCUUGAUAUGAUCGUUCUAAACUGUGUACAUUGAAGUUCUGUCUCUAUCCUGGUUACUAGUUUUAUUUCUGGUACCCCCUGGAAAAGACAUUAUACAGUAUUAUGAUCUCUUAUUACUGAUCAGGUAUAUUUUAAAUAUUACUGUUGUAUAAAGUUCACUCUAAGGUGUUUGUGGUUUUUAUCAUUUAAAAUUGAGCUUUUGCAAUACGCUGGUUGAGGUUUGAAAUUUUGUUUCUAUGGAUUUUAAGAGAAUUAUUCCUGCCCUCACAGUACCAGCUUCAUUCAUGCUAUGUGUUAGCUUGAUAUGAUCGUUCUAAACUGUGUACAUUGAAGUUCUGUCUCUAUCCUGGUUACUAGUUUUAUUUCUGGUACCCCCUGGAAAAGACAUGAUACAGUAUUAUGAUCUCUUAUUACUGAUCAGCUAUAUUUUAAAUAUUACUGUUGUAUAAAGUUCACUUCAAGGUGUUGGUGAUUUUUAUCAUUUAAAAUUGAGCUUUUGCAAUACACUGGUUGAGGUUUGAAGUUUUGUUUCUAUGGAUUUUAAGAGAAUUGUUCCUGCCCUCACAGUACCAGCUUCAUUCAUGCUAUGUUAGCUUGAUAUGAUCGUUCUAAACUGUGUACAUUGAAGUUCUGUCUCUAUCCUGGUUACUAGUUUUAUUUCUGGUACCCCCUGGAAAAGACAUGAUACAGUAUUAUGAUCUCUAUUACUGAUCAGGUGUAUUUUAAAUAGUACUGUUGGAUAGGGUUCUCUUCAAGGUGUUUGUAGUUUAAUUCCAUGUCUAAAGAUCUUUUUUUUUCUUCUUGUUUUGGUUUCAAUGUAAGACUGUGAUUUUUAUCACUUUAAAUUGAGCGUUUGCAAUAAUCUGAUUGAGGUUUGAAAUUUUGUUUCUAUGAAUUUUAAGAGAAUUAUUUCUGCCCUCACAGUUCCAGCUUCAUUUAUGCUAUAUGUUAGCUUGAUAUGAUCGUUCUAAACUGUGUACAUUGAAGUUCUGUCUCUAUCCUGGUUACUAGUUUUAUUUCUGGUACCCCCUGGAAAAGACAUGAUACAGUAUUAUGAUCUCUUAUUACUGAUCAGGUAUAUUUUAAAUAUUACUGUUGUAUAAAGUUCACUUCAAGGUGUUUGUGAUUUUUAUCAUUUAAAAUUGAGCUUUUGCAAUACACUGGUUGAGGUUUGAAGUUUUGUUUCUAUGGAUUUUAAGAGAAUUGUUCCUGCCCUCACAGUACCAGCUUCAUUCAUGCUAUAUGUUAGCUUGAUAUGAUCGUUCUAAACUGUGUACAUUGAAGUUCUGUCUCUAUCCUGGUUACUAGUUUUAUUUCUGGUACCCCCUGGAAAAGACAUGAUACAGUAUUAUGAUCUCUAUUACUGAUCAGGUGUAUUUUAAAUAGUACUGUUGGAUAGGGUUCUCUUCAAGGUGUUUGUAGUUUAAUUCCAUGUCUAAAGAUCUUUUUUUUUCUUCUUGUUUUGGUUUCAAUGUAAGACUGUGAUUUUUAUCACUUUAAAUUGAGCGUUUGCAAUAAUCUGAUUGAGGUUUGAAAUUUUGUUUCUAUGAAUUUUAAGAGAAUUAUUUCUGCCCUCACAGUUCCAGCUUCAUUUAUGCUAUAUGUUAGCUUGAUAUGAUCGUUCUAAACUGUGUACAUUGAAGUUCUGUCUCUAUCCUGGUUACUAGUUUUAUUUCUGGUACCCCCUGGAAAAGACAUUAUACAGUAUUAUGAUCUCUUAUUACUGAUCAGGUAUAUUUUAAAUAUUACUGUUGUAUAAAGUUCACUUCAAGGUGUUUGUGAUUUUUAUCAUUUUAAAUUGAGCUUUUGCAAUACUAUGGUUGAGGUUUGAAAUUUUGUUUCUAUGGAUUUUAAGAGAAUUAUUCCUGCCCUCACAGUACCAGCUUCAUUCAUGCUAUAUGUUAGCUUGAUAUGAUCGUUCUAAACUGUGUACAUUGAAGUUCUGUCUCUAUCCUGGUUACUAGUUUUAUUUCUGGUACCCCCUGGAAAAGACAUGAUACAGUAUUAUGAUCUCUAUUACUGAUCAGGUGUAUUUUAAAUAGUACUGUUGGAUAGGGUUCUCUUCAAGGUGUUUGUAGUUUAAUUCCAUGUCUAAAGAUCUUUUUUUUUCUUCUUGUUUUGGUUUCAAUGUAAGACUGUGAUUUUUAUCACUUUAAAUUGAGCGUUUGCAAUAAUCUGAUUGAGGUUUGAAAUUUUGUUUCUAUGAAUUUUAAGAGAAUUAUUUCUGCCCUCACAGUUCCAGCUUCAUUUAUGCUAUAUGUUAGCUUGAUAUGAUCGUUCUAAACUGUGUACAUUGAAGUUCUGUCUCUAUCCUGGUUACUAGUUUUAUUUCUGGUACCCCCUGGAAAAGACAUGAUACAGUAUUAUGAUCUCUAUUACUGAUCAGCUGUAUUUUAAAUAGUACUUUUGGAUAGGGUUCUCUUCAAGGUGUUUGUAGUUUAAUUCCAUGUCUAAAGAUCUUUUUUUUUCUUCUUGUUUUGGUUUCAAUGUAAGACUAUGAUUUGUAUCACUUUAAAUUGAGCGUUUGCAAUAAUCUGAUUGAGGUUUGAAAUUUUGUUUCUAUGGAUUUUAAGAGAAUUAUUCCUGCCCUCACAGUACCAGCUUCAUUCAUGCUAUAUGUUAGCUUGAUAUGAUCGUUCUAAACUGUGUACAUUGAAGUUCUGUCUCUAUCCUGGUUACUAGUCUUAUUUCUGGUACCCCCCGGAAAAGACAAGAUACAGUAUUAUGAUCCCUGUUACUGAUCAGGUGAAUUUUAAAUAGUACUGUUGUAUCAAGUUCACUGCAAAGUCUUUGUAGUGUUUAAUUCCAAGUCUGAAGGUAUUUAUUUUUUAUGUCUUCUAAACUGUAAAAUUUCCUACAAAUUGUACCCGCAUUUAAAGUUUCACUGCUCUCAAAGGUCAUUUAUAAUUUAAUUCCAUGUAUGAAGUUAUUGGGGGGAGGUGUUUGUUUUGGUUUCAUUGUAAGAUUCUUUUAUUUUUUUGUUGAGCUUUUGUUAAGCUUUUUAGGGUUUGCAAAUUGUUAACCAUGGGUUUUAAGAGAACGUUUCAGUUCUGUCUCUAUCCUGGUUUCUAGUUUUAUUCUUGAUAUCCUUUUGAAAAGACGACAUACAGUAUUAUAACAUCCCUUACUGAACAGGUGUAUUUUAAAUAGUGCUGGUGUAUAAGGUUCACUUCAGUGUCCUUUGGAGAGUUUGAUCCCUUCUCUGAAGAUUAUAUGUCCAUAGUAAGAUUGAUGUUUUUUGUUUGUUUUUUUUUUUUUUUAAAUUUUAUUUAGUAGUGGAGCUUGUGUUAUUUUUCUGCUGUUAGUUGGUUUUUUUUAAUAGCCUUAUAAAAGAUGCUAUGUUAUAAUAUGAAAUAAGUUUUCUUCUCACCAGCCAAACUUGUUCAAUUUAAAUUAAAAAGUAUGGAUUUCAAUAGAAUUAUUCAAGCUCUCACAAUACCUGCUUCAAUUUAGCUCAUUGUGUGCUUUAAUGAUAUUAUCAUUUUAAUCUGUGUACAUUGAUGAUCUGUCUUUAUUCUGGUUACUAGUUUCUUGGCUGGAAUCCGCUGGAACAGACCAGAUAAUUUUAUGUCCUCCUUUUUGACAAAAAAUUAGGACAGUAAUAUAAAUUUCGCAGACCUGUUAAACCUUACGAUUUGGUGUGCAAAAUAAGAUUUUAAGAUAAAUACAUUCCAAUAGUUUUUCAAAUUUAAUUUUCUAUAGUUAGUCCUCUUUACUACAUCCCGCGGGGAUUGCAUUUGGGAAAUACAAUUGGUUGGGGACCAUUUAUAAAUAGGAAAAUAAAUCUGCAAUUACUUUAUAGGUUUUUUAAAUGAUAAUGUCCUCAUAUCUUUAGUCUUAUUUCAAUAUUUAUGCUGAAUUGACUUCCAGUUUGCACAUAAAAUUUUACUAGUAACUUUAUUUCUACCAGUCAAUGUAUAAUAAUGUGAUCUGCAAGUUCACCAAAAUAUUAUUUGAUAUCUUUAGCAAAUACUUGCAAAACAAAGGGGACCACAGAUUGCAAUAUAAAUGUCAGUCAUCUACUUUUGUCAGCUACUUUUUUGACGUGCCAUGCAAAUAGAUAUUGUAUAAAUUAUACAUACUGUUUACUUUUAAGAUAAUCUUUUGUUCGUUUUUUGAGACAAUAUUGUACAAUUUUAUGAGUUUGAGGAUAAGCAGGUCUGAGUUCGUAGCAUUUUAGUAUUCUUUUGGCAUCCCAGAUUGUUCCCAAAUGUUUAUCAAAAUCUUUAGUUUUAUUGAAAUAUGAGAUUUUUGUUAUAUUUGGUAAUCGUGUUUUAAAUUUUAAAAACAUUGUGAUAAGCUUGGGAUAGCUUUUCAAACAGUUGUGCCUCAGUCUAAAAAAAGUAUACAUGUAACAAAUUAUGCAAAUCCCCCCCCCCCCCAUUAUAUUAUAUUUAUAACCUGGGUUCUUGUCUACUGACUCUUCAAUUUAUUUAUAACUUUUGUUGCUUCCUUUUUUUAUUUUUUCUAUUGUAGUCGAUACAUAAAUCUUUGAUAUUUCAGAUUAAUUUACCAUGGCACCCCCAUCGUUUUCUGACUUGGGCAAAUCUGCUAGAGAUGUUUUCAGCAAAGGGUUUAGUAAGUGUAUUUUUAAAGCUAAAAUGUUAAUCAUUAACAUCAGCAUUAGUUGUUGCUUCUUUUAACUUAUUCAGGUUUUAGUAAGUGUACCAAUAGGACAUCUAAAUUUUCCUUUUUUUUUUGUUGUGAAUGUUUAUUUUCUAAAUUCAUAUUUUUCAGACUGGGGUUUCUUUAAGCUAGAUGCCAAGACAAAAACCCAAAACAAUGUAGAGUUUAAGGCAUCACUUAGCUCUAACAGGGACAGUGGAAAGGUAGCCGGAAGCCUUGAGACUAAAUACAAAUGGUCUGAAUAUGGUGAGGAAUUAGAAAGUUUGUUCAUUUACAAUGCCACAAAAUACUUUUUUUGCAACAUUUAUUUUUGACAUUUAGCACUACAUUUUUACUGUAUUUAAAAUGAUUGUCUUUCUUUAAUCCAUUCUUUUUCUGUUUGGAACAGGCUUAACAUUUACUGAAAAGUGGAAUACAGAAAACGUCCUUAAUACAGAAAUUAAAAUAGAGGAUCAAUUGGCUGAGGGAUUAGAGCUAACCUUUGAUACUUCAUUUGCACCAACAACAGGGUAACUGAUAAACUUUUUAAGAACAAGUUCUUUGUUUUUGCUUGAUGUGAUUGCUUUAAACUGUAUAUUGUUUAUAAAAAUUGUGUUACUAGUUUCAAUAAUUAAUAUCCCAAGAACAGGCAAAAUUUUCAAUUUAUUAUUUUGCCACCCACCAGCUCUAGGAAAAUUUUAGAAAGAAAAUAUUUCAGUGAAGGUAUAGAAUCCAAGCAGUGGGAAAAUACAUAUAUUUAAGCAGCACCCCCGUCACAGUCAGCAACAAUAGAUUAUACUUGAUAUCCACAGAAUUUCCAAAGCAAAUGUAUUCUGUAGAGUGACGGGUUACCAAGCUGGAGGUAUAUAGGGCAAUUUUAUUAACAACUUUCUUAUAAACCAGCGACAUGGACAGUGCAAAGCAGAUGUGCUAUACAACUAAACCAUCUCUACACAUGCAGUGUAUGGAAGCCUCGGCAAGAGUGGGAAAGUCAAGACAGCAGGAAGUGCUUUAUAUAUAUAUCAUAAAAUAGGCUGGCUUUAUCAGCAUUUACAUGGUCUUACACAAAGGAUAGGCCAGGACAUGUUGCGAUAAUGCCAGGCAGGCACCAGAGUGCCUAAACAAUUAAUGUAUUGUGAUCUUUUCAGUGGUAAAUGCUUCACGAUUGUUUUAAAGUGUCCCUCAUAUCCAUUAGACAUUAGCUUUCCUGAACACAUGGGAAACACUUGCUUUGGAUUGCACAAGCUGAUGAGGCAGACUGAAAGAGUGAACUACUCCUCACACCCAAGCAAAUACAGAAAUGCUUCCAAUCCCACUUGUACCCAAAAACAUGUGGGCUGGCAAGCUUUAGGCGCAAAUAGGACUAGCAAGUCACCUGCAUACUGAACAUCAAAUACAGCUUUGGUCAUAUUCCCGAAAUCAAAUGUACCAGUAUAUAUGUCUGUGUGUAUUGUCAUAAGUUAUUGACUUAAAUUUUCGUUAACUUUUUCCCAACAGGAAGAAGAGUGGGAAAGUCAAGACAGCAUACAAAAUGGACUAUGUACAUUUAAAUUGUGAUGUGGACUUUGAUUUUGCUGGACCAACUGUUCAUGGAGCAGCUGUUUUAGGGUAAGUUAUAUUUUCAUGGAAUUAUUGUUAUCCCAGCGUUUUAAAAGAUUAUGCUCAGUCACCUGGUAAAACAAUCGGUGCUCAGAUUGCUUUAAUCCUCUCCUGCCAUUAGUAGUGCCCGGUGUCGCCUCCCAAAUUCUUAUUUUUGCAUGCCUACUUCAACUGACGGCAGCAUGUCAUCACAACUAUACUACCAUACAUUCAUCUACUAAAAAUUUACUACGGCUUCCGCAAGAAUAAUACUUUUUAAUUAAAAAAAUCAGUAUAUUUUAUCCUCUUGUUUUAAAAUGUUAUGAGAGUUCAAAGGUUCAUAGGCAACAUAUUAAGUUUACAAGACCCGCAAAAUAGAAUGAUGAAACAAUUGAACAGAUCAGAUGACCUUUAUGGCUGAAGAUAAAACUGAAAUAGACGUUAAAUAUUAAUACUGUUACAUCUGUAAAUAUCAUCAUAGUAUAAAACUAUGUAAAAAUGCAGUCGACUUCAGAUAUAAUUGUUAUUCUCUAAAUAACAUUGUUAUCUUGAUUAUACAUUUUCAUUCAAUUUUAUAUUUAUUUCAAUGACUUUGACUUAGCGUAACAGCUAUGUUGCGCAGGUAUAUUUCAAUUUUUCUUACAUGCACACAUUUGUUUUUGUAUUAUAUUUUUUUUUUAGAUAUGAAGGUUGGUUGGCUGGUUACCAGUUGUCAUUUGAUACUUCAAAGUCUAAACUCACACGUAGUAACUUUGGAUUUGGUUAUGCUGGUGGUGACUUUUCAUUCACAACCUUUGUGUAAGUAUAAACUUUGUCUCAUGAUUUAUGCUGAUCAUAAAAUGUUACGGGCACACAGUAUUGAUCAUCCAAGUCAUACAUUUCUAUAAAAUAAACCAUGUAGCUAUAAACUAUCCAUUUAUCUACCCUGUGUGCAUUUUAAUUAAUGUAAGGUAAUAGGUUAAUAAUACCUAUGUAACCAAUCCUGUUUCAUUGUUGCUGUUUUUUUUAAAAACUGUAUAGAGUUAUAUUUUAAAUUUAAAGUGUAUUAAUGAUAAAUCAAUUUAAAUAUUUAUUUUUCUUGCUAUUAGUAUGCUAUUAUUUUUAAAGUAUCGAUGUGCCGACUUCGGUUAAGUAUGUUUUUGCCAACCUCCUGUGAAUGAAUCUCUUAAAAUCUAUCCAUUAGAGUAAAGUUAAUAGGUAGUCUAUUGUUAAAAAUGGCCCAAAGCUCUUUGCUUUUCACCGACGGAAAUCACUGGCUGAUUAAAAAAAAUUAUCUUGUAAGAGUUCAGAUUUAUACAGCUCGCUACCCGAAUAUAGAUAUUCUAUCAAAGUCAAUAAAAUGGUUGGUUAUAACCGGAUUUCUAAAACCCAUAUUGGGAAAAAUUAUUCAUUCAACUGUCAUAAAUUGUAUCCAAAAAAAAUCCAGAUUAGCAUCUGCUAUCACAGUGACAUUAGAUUAUUUCUUUUGCAUGAUAUGAUCAUUAACUGUGUACAUUUAUAUUAUGUCUAUCCUGGUUGCCAGUUCUAAAACUUUUAUUCCCUGGAAUAGACUGAAUUUGGAAAUAAACCUUCCUUACCUGGUACAAAAUCUAAGGUUUUAGACAAUCUAACUCAUGCACAGAGUAUUUGUUUCUUUUUCAAAACUCUGUAAGACUCUUAUUGUACUGAUCUAUUCACUUAUUACAUUCAUUCUUGGGAAGAAAAAAAAAUGUCCUAGCCUUUUUUAAAGUGGUCAUAGUAGAUAUAAAUUUUUCAGGAACAAUACAUCAAAGGAUGGCAAGUAAGAGCAACCCUAACUUGUUUUAAAAUUUACAGUUCAUCACUUUUCUUGUUUGCAUUUUCACAUUUAAAUGGGUUUUUUUUUACAUGUUACAAUUACAAGAAAGAAAACUUGUUUGGUAUUAUGGAGGAAACCAUACUCUUUUGGUUUCUGUUGUACUCAAUCCUCUUGGAUUUUAACUUGCAAUUUUUUUAAUGCAGUUAAAAUAAAUGUAUUAUUAUAGAUAUAGAUAUUAUAGAUUAAUACUUCCUCAGACCAGUUUACUCUUACGAUUUUGGCGUACAAUGUACGAUUUUGAGGUGUAUACAUUAUAUAUACUGUAUGUUUAUUUUUUACUAUUAAGAUAAUAUAUUGAAAGAUUUUGUGAUGAUAUUGUACAAUUUUAAGAGUUCGAGGGUAAACAAGCCUGCUCCCUAUUGAGCUGGUAUUUUUUCUUAGCUUGGAAUUGGUAGUUUGGACAUCCAAACAAAUCCUUAUUACAUCCCAGAUGUAUAUAAAUAAUAAUUCUACUUUUCAGUAAUGAUGGUCAAGAGUUUGUUGGUUCAGUUCACCAGAAAGUUAGUGACAAUUUGGAAGCAGCUGUAAACCUUUCAUGGGCUGCUGGAACCGGGAACACAUCUUUUGCUGUUGGUGGAAAGUACAAGUUGGAUGGUGAUGCUUCAAUUAGUGUAAGUGUUUCUGGAUACUUGUGUGGUUAUAUCAUACAACAAUCAUCAGACACCACUGACCAUAAGUAAUGAAUUUUUACAGUUGGUCAACUUCAGAUAUUAGAAGAAAUAUAUUGUUCUCCAAAUAACCAUAAUUUUUGUGGUGAUAAAUGUCAUCCAUGUUUGUACUUAAUACUUAUGUAACUGACUCCAUAUUUUAUAUUUUCUUUUUUAAAUAUACAUAUAUAAAACAUGUGUUUAACAGAGUUUUGUGCCUUAUAACAAUUUAGGUUUUUAAGCAAAUUUAGUUCUUUACAUUGUUAAUAACUUGAACCUUGUAAAGAUCAAUUUUAAAAAGGAUGGUGUCGAGUAAUCUCACUAUUUUUGUUAUGUGGUUUAGCAAUUGUUACUUAAAAGUUAUAAAGUUAAUAGAAAGAUCAUACUUUGCUUAAGCAACAAGGCCAUUACUAUACUGUAAUUAUACAUUUACAAUUGUAUUGUUUCAGGCUAAAGUGAACAACCAAAGUCAUGUUGGUAUUGGCUACACACAGACUUUAAGAGAUGGUACGUAAUCUUGCUUUUGAUUUUUGUGAAAAUAUUAUAAUUGAAAAUUUCAAUUGGCACAGAGUUGCCACUUGAAUCAUUUCAGUCUGUUAACAUUUAUUUGGGGUACCCUUUCAGUUAAGUGAUCCUUGAGCAUUGUUACUUAACCUUUCAUGAAGCUCAAUGUUUCAUUAUAUUUUUUUUUAAAAUAUUUUACUUGAGCAUUCUCCUUGGACUUUUCAUUGUUUAUUCCUUAAAAUGUAUUUCUAUGUUGGAUAUUGAAAGGGUGAGGUGUGGCACUUAAGUUACAUUCCAGGGUUUGAAAAAAUGUGUGAAUGAAGUUUUAGAUUUCAAGGACAGGAUUCUCAGCUUUAAGUGAGUGGCAUCAAUGGAAAGGUUACAUGGCAACCAAUUCAUAAAAUGUGUAUCUAUUUUACAUCUUGGUUUAUUGUGCAAAAAGGUCUUAAAAUGCCUUGUAACAAUAUGUGCAAUAAAAGUAAUAAAGAAAAGAAAAAAAUAAUCCACUACAAAAAUGUAUUAUUUUGUUUAAAUCAAAUCUACUAUACAAGUGGCUGGACAGAAGAAUAGGCUUUUUGAAUAGAACCUCAAAUUUAUUUCCAUGAACAAUACAAAUAAGUGAAAACUAUUUGUAUCUGGGCUACUGAACCUUUAAUGGUUUCAAAUUUACUUUUCUCUUCUUCUCGAUACAUUUUCAGAACUAGCCAAUGGAGGCAUAAGUAUGUCAUAGUCUGCUGAUUUUGUUGUUGUUUUUUUUUUUUUGGAUUGAAUUUUCGCUACAAUUUUUUUUACUGAUUUUAUUUUAAUUGAAUUUUAUUAGUCUAAUUUAGAAAUCUUUGAGAUAUUGAAACCUUGCAAAUUUUUUUUUUAUUGAAUCUUAUAUUCCCCAGAUGACCAAAUCAUGUUAGUUUUUUCCCACAAUAUUUUAGGGGAUGGCUAAUGGUUUUGUGAGAUCCUAAAUAUUACUCUUUAACAUUUUCUUUUUAGUGGUACAUAUAAUUUAUACCUUGGAUACAUUCCUAAUUUAUUCCACUUUCUCAAAACAUACCUUUCUCUAUUGUGAUGCUGCCUUGUAUUUAGUUAUUUCUUAAUCUUUUCAAUAUUUAUUUUGUAGGAGUGAAGCUGACUCUGUCUGCCUUGAUAGAUGGCAAAAACAUCAACCAAGGAGGUCAUAAGGUACAUUUUCUAUAUAUCUGUUUUUUUUAAAAAUACAAUUUGAGUGGUUGCCAUUAAUACUGCAGAUGAGUUUUUCAUUUAUUUAGAACUUAUUUUGUAGUGUUAUUCCAUUAUAGUAGAAGCACAGUUAAGUAUUAUAAAAACAAAAUUUUUCAGGUUGGCCUUGGCUUGGAGUUUGAAGCUUAAAUAUGAAGUAGUACAAGAAAAUAGUGGUGUUUGGGAGACUGUGAAACUGGCUGGCUAGAAUGUUCUCUGCUUACAUUUGCCCUAUUAACAGGUGGAUUACUAGAGGACUACAUUAGUGGUGUAAAAAUAAAUCUUCUUCCAGCUGAGCUGACACCGUUUUCCCAUUUAAUUUCUUUUUAUUCUGAAAAUGUAACAUUGUGUUUAUUCACUAGAUAUGGUAAAAACUUACAAAUUCCAAGUUAGCCUAGUUGUUUAUUUAACCUUGCUUACAAUGAUUACCCCGCUGAGCCUACUGAACUCAUGGAGUUUUAUUGACACAACUGCUAUCCUAAGUUAAAAAAAACAACAGAAAAAGAAGGGACCUAAUGCUUAUCCAUUGGACAGUGACAGAACCAGACACAAUGACCCAGAUUUCAGAAGGAUCAGCAUGUUUAAUCAAAUGUAUAUUUUUAUAACUGGCCUUGUUCACGUCUUUAAAGGGGAUUCAUACUUUGUGAUUAUUAAUCUAUAGCUACAAAUAAAAGGUCUAUAUAGAAGCAAUUAAAAAAUAAAAUGUCUGAAUAGAAAAGGAUGUUUAAAAAGUUGCAGAUUGAAUGGGAAGACAUUUUGAUUGAUUGGUUUUUUUUGAGCUGGACAAAGGUUGCAUCUGAAUCUUAGCCUUUUAUUUAGCUUGUUUUUGUAUUGAUGUGAUUCCUCUCUGGAGAUAUUUAUUCCUUCCAGAAAGAUGGAUCAGAUAGUUUUAAAAAAAUUAUUAAUCAUCCUGGACUUGAAAUUUGGUCAUGUCUGUAUUCUUGAGUAUGUUUGAGAAAGAAAAAUAAAGACAAAUUUAAAAUCUA